AUGCAUUUACCUAAUUUAACAAACAUAAAAGAGUCAUCAUCUAAUAAAGCUUUCAAAAGAAACCCUUCAGAGAACCCACCAUCUUAUAAUGAAUCAAUAUCUCAAGUAUCAUCUCCAAUAUCAUUAACCCCUGUUUCUUCAGCAUCAAGAGUACCCACACUUUCCAAUUCCAAUUCCAAUUCUAAGGCAAGAUCGUCAAAAGCGUCUACUAAAAAAAAGAAUGUUCCUUAUAAACCAUCAGCUGAACAACAACGACAAAUAAAUAUAUUGGGGGGUUCUUCUACUACUACAACCCCCAUAGCUGAACUUUCUACAGUUUCUAGUCAUUCACAAACAGAAUAUUUCGAUGUUUUACCAUCAUUUCAAAUGUUUCAAAGUAUACUUAAACGAGAUGAUCGUCAAUUUCAAGAAGAUUUAUCCAGUUUACCACCAGGGUAUGGAGAUGUGACAAAUUCAUCACCGACUCCUCCUCCUCUUCCUCCUCCUCCUGCUCGUUCUGCACCUACUUUAUCACCUUCGAGUUCAAGAGAUCAUACUAUAGAUGAAGCUAUUCAAAGAUUAAAUGAAUAUGGAUUAGCUCAAGAACGAGAUGAAAUGAAUAAUGAUGAAUAUUUAUUUGAAGAACAUAAUAAUGAUCCCCAUAAUAACACUAAUAACACUUUGCUGCCGGUUGGAUCAAGUGUUAAUGCCAAUGUACAUAAUCAAAAUAUUGAAGUGACUCAAGAUGAUACCUAUGGUCAUUCACCAUUAGAUAAUAUUGAUAAAUUACAUAAACUACCUCAUUCCCCCAUAGAUAUACAAAUCUAUGUCACAAAACAAAUCCCUCAACCCAAUGUCAAUAAUGAUUUAGAAACAAGAUUAAAAGAAUAUACUAGUGGAGAUUUUGUCAAUGGUUAUAUAACUGUGAUUAAUAAUUCUCAUGAACCAAUUGAAUUUGGAUUAUUUACUGUUUCUUUAGAAGGAACAAUAAAAUCUGUGGAAAGAAAUCCUCAUGCCAUGGGGUUAACGCAUAAAUUUCUGAAAAUAUUAAUGAAGAAAUUUUUAAAAAUGUAUGAUUUAAAUGCUUCUUAUGGAUAUGUUCAAGUUCCUAAUAGUGCUGGGAUUCAAUAUGAACCAUUUUCUCAUGAUACUUCGGAUGGUUCAGUCAUUGGUUUACCUACUGAUCGAUUAUUACAACCCAAUAUAAAGUAUAAGAAAUUUUUCACUUUUAAAUUCCCUCAUAGAUUAUUAGAUAAUGCUUGUAUAAAUUCAUUAUUACCCCAUUUAUUACCACCACCAUCAAUGGGGAUAGAUCGAACAUGUUUUUAUAAUCGUGGUGAAGCAAUACAACUCAAUAAAGCAUUAGGAUAUGGAUUUUUAAAUGUUAGAGGGACACCAAUGUUGACUAAAGAUUAUAGUUUUGAUGAUUUGAGUAUUUCUUAUACUAUAGAAGCAAAAUUCAUUGAUAGAUUAAAUUCUACUGAACCUAUAUCUCAUGAUGAAAUUAAUAAUACUGAUAAUAAUAAUAAUGCAGCAGCAGAAUAUGUCAUUUCGAAAAGUUCUCAGUAUUUCCUUCGAUUUAUUCCUGAUUUAAAAGAGCAAGUACAAUAUUGUAAACGAUUUCAAAUUGGUGGAUAUCCUGUUAAUGGAAUUGGUGGCAAAUUUAUGCAACAGUAUUUACAUAAACUUACUUGGAAAGAUAUUAAAUUGAAAAAUCUUGAUGUUGAAAAAGAAAUUGAUGAAAAAUUGUUACAUAUGGAAUUAAGUCCUCAAGAAGUGAAAAAUAAAAGUUUAAUCAUCAAUAACACAGAACAUCCUCCCACCAAUAAUAUUAGGUUGGAACAACAUUUUAAACCACUUUCAAGUGAAUUGGAAAAAAAUAUUAUUAGCAACAAAAUACCUACAGAAAUAUUUGGUAAAAAGAAAAAAAUGAUUUUAUCAUCAUUAGUUAAAAUUGGUGAACUGAAAUUAUCAGUUAUAAUACCUGAUAAAAUCAUUCCUUAUGCAUCACCAAGAUUAUUAAUGAAAUAUAACAAUGGUACUCAACAACAACAACAACAAAAACAACAACAACAAGAUUCAGAUCUAGAUAAUAAUAAUAAUAAUAAUAAUAAUAAUAAUAAUAAUAAUACAUCAUCUUCUACUUCUUCUUCUUCAUUAUCACUUCGACCAGUUUUAAGUCAUAUGGAUGAAAUUUAUAAUCGAGAUGAAGAAGAUAUAAUUGAUUCUGUGAAUUUAAAACUUGAAUUCAUAACUACCGAUAACAAUAAUAUUCGUGCCCCUGAGAUUCAAUCCAUUGAUGUUAAUAUUAUAUUUUGGUCAUAUAGUACUGAUUAUCCAAUUCCAUUUGAAAUUGGUUAUGAUUUUUUUUAUACUAAUGAACAAAAUCAAGAUGAAAUUAUUAAGGAUCCUGUGGAAAUAACAAGAAAUAAUUUACAAAUUUUAAAAGAUCAAGUAUCUAAUUAUAUUUCAUUUGUUAAAGAUAAUAAAAUUUCAUUAAGUCGUGAUGCAUUUUUAUAUUUAAAAUCAAUUAAAUCUUUAGGUGUGAAAAAAGAUACCAUAAAGGAUUAUUUUCAAAUCGUGACCGAUAAUAAUUUAUUGAAUCGUGAAGGUAGUUGGAAAGUUGAACAAUUGAGUAAUAGUACUAGUACUAGUAAUAGUAAUAGUAAUACUAGCAACAACAGUAACAACAACAACAACAACAACAAUAGUAAGAGUUUCCGAUAUACUAAAAAUUUGACUAUUCCAUUGACUAUAUUAAAUAAAAAUAAUGUCAAUUUAUUACCAAGUUUCCAAAGUUGUCUUGUUGGUAGAUUAUAUUGUUUACAGAUUAUGGUACGUUAUAAAGGUACUAAUAAUGAUCAAAAUGAAUUUGCUGAUAAUAUAGUUAAACUAGAUGUACCAAUAUUAGUAGGAUAA